GACUCGCUCAUCAUAUUUUCCCCAUCAGCUCUGACACUUCUUAACAUUCAGAAAAUUUAACUUCAAUAACACAAAAAGAAAAGAAUCAAUAACCAUGGAGGGUGUAAGUACGAUCAUCAAAAACUUUAGACCAUUUUUGUUAAUGAUAUUUUUGCAAUUUGGAGGAGCAGGAACGUAUAUUGUCAUUAUGGCCACUCUCAAUCAAGGCCAGAAUCGUUACGUUCUGAUUGUGUACCGCAAUGCUGUUGCUGCUCUUGUUCUCGCACCUUUUGCAAUCUUCUUUGAAAGGAAAGUGAGGCCGAAGAUGACACUAUCGGUUUUCUGGAAAAUAGUGUUACUCGGCUUUUUAGAGCCAAUAUUGGACCAGGGUUUUGGUUACUUGGGGAUGAACAUGACAUCAGCAACAUAUACAUCUGCUAUCAUGAACGUUCUUCCUUCUGUCACUUUCAUAAUCGCUUGGAUUCUAAGAAUGGAGAAAGUGAAUAUAGCAGAGGUACGAAGCCAAGCAAAGAUAAUUGGGACAUUGGUUGCUCUUGGAGGGGCAUUGGUCAUGACAUUGUACAAAGGUCCACUUAUUCCUUUACAAUGGUCUAACCCAAAUACGAAUCAACACAACGAACAUAGCAACAGUUCACAAGACCAUAAUCAUUGGGUUGGUGGAACCUUGUUGAUACUCCUCGGUUGUGUUGCUUGGUCUUGCUUCUAUGUUUUGCAGUCCAUAACAAUAAAGACAUAUCCUGCGGAUCUUUCACUAUCAGCCUUAAUAUGCCUAUCUGGGGCAGUCCAAAGCACCGUAGUAGCUCUCGUAGUGGAGCGCCACUCCAGGGGAUGGGCGGUUGGAUGGGAUGCAAGACUUUUAGCACCUCUUUAUACGGGUAUAGUAAGCUCGGGUUUAACCUACUACGUGCAAGGGAUGGUUAUGAGAACGAGAGGGCCGGUUUUCGUCACUGCUUUUAACCCUCUUUGCAUGAUUCUUGUAGCUCUCCUUGCUUCUUUUAUUCUCCAUGAACAAAUACAUUACGGAUGCGUAAUAGGAGGGACAGUGAUUGCCAUGGGUUUGUAUUUGGUUGUUUGGGGAAAAGGUAAGGACUAUGACGUAUCAGUAUUAGCUAUGCCUGAGAAGAAUAGCCUUCAAGAACUACCGAUCAGAAUUCAAGUUAACAAUGACAAGUUGGAUUCUUCUAUAGAUGAUGUCAGCAAUGUAACCUUUCCCGCUGGUGCGCAUAGUCGAACAUUUGGAAUAUAAGAAAAUUAGAAAAGAAAACCAAUCAAUAUUUGUCUUGCAGUAUGCAUAAACAAUACAUAUACAUAUAUGUAUUUGUGUGCAAAUGACAUGAGUUUAUGUUAUUUAUAUAUUUUAACAGUCUCGUAGAAUCUAGUGCUGAAACAUAAUAUGAAUAAAAGUUAAUGAAUAAAAUUAACAAGGAUGUAACUUGUACUCACAUUA